AUGGAGCGGAAAGGUGAGCGGUGGAGCGGCCUCCGCCACGAGGGGCAACGGCCGCCGGGGCGAGGCCCGGGUCAGCGCCGGGAGCCUCGCCCAACCGCCGCGGUCUGGUCCUCGGGCGUGAGGCGCCCUUCCUCUGAGGUGGCGCCGACCCCCACCCCCAGUCUCCGGGCUGCGGGUCCGCGCCCCUCAGCCCGGGCGUCCUCCGGCGCUGGUGGUCACCGCCCCUCGUUCCCCGCCAGGCCGUCUCGCGCCUUGGGGCCACUCCUGAGCCCGACCCUGGGCGGGCGAGGCCGAGUCCCGCCCGCCCGCUCCCAGAUCCGGCCCGAGCCCCCUCGGGCGCAUCCCGCCCGGGCGCUGCGGUGCGCCCCUUGGGCCGCCAGUCCCCGGGCCGGCCGCCUAGCCAAAGCCGCGGCGCUCGCCCCGCAGCCGCCCCUCAGACAGGCCCUGCAACCGUGCCUGGCGCCCCUGCUAGGUCUCCACCCUCACCUUGGUCGCCUCUUUUUCUCCACAUUCGCCCUUCACCCAUCCCUCUCUCCUGCAGUGCUUGCGCUCCAGGCCCGAAAGAAAAGGACCAAGGCCAAGAAGGACAAAGCCCAAAGGAAAUCUGAAACUCAACACCGAGGCUCUGCUCCCCAUUCUGAGAGUGAUAUACCAGAGCAGGAAGAGGAGAUUCUAGGAUCUGAUGAUGAUGAGCAGGAAGACCCUAAUGAUUAUUGUAAAGGAGGUUAUCAUCUUGUGAAAAUCGGAGAUCUGUUCAAUGGGAGAUAUCAUGUAAUCCGAAAGUUAGGCUGGGGACAUUUCUCAACAGUGUGGUUAUCAUGGGAUAUUCAAGGGAAGAAGUUUGUGGCAAUGAAAGUAGUUAAAAGUGCUGAACAUUAUACUGAAACAGCUCUAGAUGAAAUCCGGUUGCUGAAAUCAGUUCGCAAUUCAGAUCCUAAUGAUCCAAAUAGAGAAAUGGUUGUUCAACUACUGGAUGACUUUAAAAUAUCAGGAGUUAAUGGAACGCAUAUCUGCAUGGUGUUUGAAGUUUUGGGACAUCAUCUGCUCAAGUGGAUCAUCAAGUCCAAUUAUCAGGGGCUUCCACUGCCUUGUGUCAAAAAAAUCAUUCAGCAAGUGUUACAGGGUCUGGAUUAUUUACAUACAAAGUGCCGAAUCAUCCACACUGACAUUAAACCGGAAAACAUCUUGUUGUCAGUGAAUGAGCAGUACAUUCGGAGGCUGGCCGCAGAAGCAACGGAAUGGCAGCGAUCUGGAGCUCCUCCACCUUCAGGAUCUGCAGUCAGUACUGCUCCCCAACCUAAACCAGCUGACAAAAUGUCAAAGAAUAAGAAGAAGAAAUUGAAGAAGAAGCAGAAGCGCCAGGCAGAAUUACUAGAGAAGCGAAUGCAGGAAAUUGAGGAAAUGGAGAAAGAGUCGGGCCCUGGGCAAAAAAGACCUAACAAGCAAGAAGAUUCAGAGAGUCCUGUUGAAAGACCCUUGAAAGAGAACCCAUCUAAUAAAAUGACCCAAGAAAAACUUGAAGAGUCAAGUUCCAUUGGCCAGGAUCAGACACUUAUGGAACCUGGUGUAGAGGGUGGUGCAGCAGAAAUUAAUUGCAAUGGAAUAAUUGAAAUCAUAAAUUAUACUGAGAACAGUAAUAAAGAAACAUUGAGGCUUAAAGAGGAUCUGCAUAAUGCUAAUGACUGUGGUGUCCAAAAUUUGAAGCAGGAACCUAGUCUCCUAAGCUCCCAAAAUGGAGACAGCAGCACAAAUGAAGAAACAGACUCUUGUACACCUGUAACUUCUGAGGUGUCAGAUACCAUGGUGUGCCAGUCUUCCUCUAAUGUAGACCAGUCAUUUGGUGAACAGGACAUCAGCCAACUUCAAGAAAGCAUUCGGGCGGAGAUACCUUGUGAAGAUGAGCAAGAGCAGGAACAUAAUGGACCACUGGACAAUAAAGGAAAAUCCACUGCUGGAAAUUUCCUCGUUAAUCCCCUUGAGCCAAAAAAUGCAGAAAAACUCAAAGUGAAGAUUGCUGAUCUUGGAAACGCCUGUUGGGUGCACAAACAUUUUACUGAAGACAUUCAAACAAGGCAAUAUCGCUCCCUGGAAGUUCUGAUAGGAUCUGGCUAUAAUACUCCUGCUGAUAUUUGGAGCACAGCAUGCAUGGCCUUUGAACUGGCCACAGGUGACUAUUUGUUUGAACCUCAUUCAGGGGAAGAGUACACUCGAGAUGAAGAUCACAUUGCAUUGAUCAUAGAACUCCUGGGGAAGGUGCCUCGCAAGCUCAUUGUGGCAGGAAAAUAUUCCAAGGAAUUUUUCACCAAAAAAGGUGACCUGAAACACAUCACGAAGCUGAAACCCUGGGGCCUUUUUGAAGUUCUAGUGGAGAAGUAUGAGUGGUCUCAGGAAGAGGCAGCUGGCUUCACAGAUUUCUUACUGCCCAUGUUGGAGCUCAUCCCUGAGAAGAGAGCCACUGCUGCCGAGUGUCUCCGGCAUCCUUGGCUCAACUCCUAAGUCCCUGCCCAGCACUGCAGCAGAGAUCACCACACUGACCACCCCCCACCCACUCCCUUCCAAGCAUUUCCCUCUUCUCUUUUCAGGGCAAAGCUCUUUCUUCAAGGGUUUCUAGAUUUUUCUUCGUCUUUUUUUAUUCUUUAAUCCAACAUGUUCAUUUGGGUUUGCUCACUUGAACCUGUGGAGGUCCCCACAGCCAUUCCGCAUCCUAGGUGAAUUUGGCCUUGGUAGGGCUCUGCCAAAGACUAAUGGACUAAAAAUGUGAAACAGCCUCUUGGCCUAUACCUUUGCCUUUCCAUUAGAGCAUCCUUCAAAUUAUAAUAACCCUUUUUAAUAUUUUUUAUUAUUUAGUUUUCAGUGGACACAACAUCUUUGUUUGUAUGUGGUGCUGAGGCUUGAA